AUGAGCCAAAUAAUGCAUGGAGAUAAACAAGCCCAGGAGCUGAAAGCGGUCCCGCUGUCUGAUGGGACAAUAUCCCGGCGCAUCACAGAGAUGGCGCAGGACAUCAAGUCUCAGUUGACUGACAGAGUCAAGAGAGGAAAAUACGCUUUGCAGUUAGAUGAAUUCAUAGACGUCGCAAACUCUGCACAGCUGCUCGUUUUUGUCAGAUACAGUUUUGAUGGAAAACUUCACGAGGACAUGCGGUUUUGCACCACACUGUCAGCAAAGUGCACAGAUGGUGCUGCAGCAAUGCUGGGGAAAAAUAAAGGACUUAAAGCAAGAGUUGUACAAGUGGCCCCACACAUAAACUUUACGCACUGCAUUAUCCACAGAGAAGUUCUGGCGAGUAAAUCGCUAGACCCAGAGCUUAAAACGGUGCUUGAGAGUGCAACAAAAAUUGUCAACCACAUAAAAUCCCGUCCUCUGAACACAAGACUGUUUGCUGCUCUCUGCAACGAAAUGGGAUCAGAGCAUCAAAGUCUGCUUUUCCACACAGAAGUCAGGUGGCUGUCACGGGGAAACGUUCUCAGGCGCUUGUUUGAGCUGCGGGAUGCGGUGCGCCUAUUUUUGUUGGAGCACGGAUCUCACCUUGCUGCCCAUCUGACUGAUCCUGACUGGUUAACAAGGCUAGCAUACUUGGCUUGCAUAUUUGACAAGCUGAAUGGGUUAAACACAUCACUACAAGUUGAAAACGCAAACAUCAUGUCACUGAAUGACAAAAUCAAUGCAUUCAAAAGGAAACUGGAUCGGUGGUCUGCACGAGUAAAAACGGGCUGUUUUGACGUGUUUCCUGAACUGGAGGAGUUCAUGGAGGAAAAUGAUUUGUGUGUUAACACCAUGCACCUUCAAACCCUCUUGGAACACUUUAUCAAGUUUUUUCCUGAGGAAACAGCUCCAGAAAAAUAUGACUGGAUAAGAUCCCCAUUCACCGUAACAAGCACACAUCAUUUGUCAUCCGACAUUGAGGACGCACUGGUUGAACUGUCAAGCGACCGCACCUUAAAGAGCGCUUUUAACUCAAAGAUGCUCGCUGAGAUCUGGAUUUCAGUUGAGAGAGAAUAUCCACAGCUUUCUAAGGCUGCGAUUGACAUUCUGAUGCCGUUUGGCUCCACGUACCUGUGUGAAAAGACUUUCUCAACCCUCACAUAUAUUAAAAAUAAAUACAGAUCACGUCUUAACGUGCAGGAUGAUCUUCGAGUGGCCAUCUCUAAAAUUAAACCCAGAAUGGACUUACUCGGCUCCAAGCAUAUUGCCCACCCAUCUCAUACAUUCUGA